AUGUCCACGGCCAACACCAAUGCCAUUUCGGCACUCGCGGCUGGUUGGAGAACGACCUGUGGUGUCUUUAACGAUCAACUCCAAUGCUUUGGAUGGAAUCAAUACGGUCAAAUCGGCAUUGGCCCCGAUGGCAAUCAGUUUUUGCCAGUCCCCAUUCAAGUGAGCGACGGAGUGUCACUGGUCGACUUUGAUUUGUUGUCGUUGGGAGUCGUCCAUACUUGCGCGACGACCAAAGCAACCAAGGAAUUGUACUGCUGGGGUUCCAACGAUUCCGUGGAUUUGUUGCUCAAACGACCGGUAUCCUAUCAUACACCCCAACACAUUGACUUGGGAGGACAAGGAAUCUUUCAAAAUAAUGCCGACAUUGACAUUUUGCAAAUCACGUCGGGACGAUCUCACAAUUGUGCCGUGGUGGCCUAUCCUUCAUUCAACUUGGAACGAUUUGUCUGUUGGGGGUCCAAUGAAUUUGGACAAUUGGGGAUUGGUUCCACCGAGGAUGGAUUCGAGAGUCCGGUCCAAGUGGCAUCCACCUUGGAUAUAGAUUUGUUGCCACAACAAAUAUCUGCUGGAUACUCUCAUCAAUGCGCCAUUCAAGCGGCGGACAAUUCCUUGUGGUGCUGGGGACUCAACUCGAAUGGACAAAUCGGUGUGGGUACCACCAAUACAAACGUAUUGACACCCACCAAGAUUGCACAACUUGGUUCCGUCAGUACCGUAUCGGCCGGAUCCUAUCAUACCUGUGCGAUUAGUACCACACUGCCAGAGUCGAUCUUCCUCGAUGCCCGCGAAGACGAAGAUGGACGAAAGGAGGGAAAUGUCUAUUGUUUUGGAUACAAUUCCUUUGGACAAUUGGGGAUUGGAAACUUGGAAGAUCAACAGCUGCCACAAAAGGUGGAUCUGGGAGGAUUCGCCAAGGAUAUCAAGACGGGACGUGAUCAUACGUGUGCAUUGAUGGAAGAUGAAACCGUCAAGUGCUGGGGUAGCAAUUUUUCGGGUCAAUUGGGAGUUGGCAACAAUCGAGAAUCAUCGAUGACACCAGUUACAGUGCCCGAUCUGAGAGAUGUGGAAAAGCUGGCACUGGGACGAGAACACACUUGUGUUUCCAAAAGUGAUCAAACUCUUUGGUGUUGGGGAACCAAUUUACAUGGACAAUUGGGAUUGGGUGAAAACGUUUCCAUUCAAUACUUUCCACAACAGGUCAAUAUUCAAUUUCCACAGAAUCUCAACAGUCCACCGCCGACGAAAUCUCCCACCGAACCGCCCUCCAAGGCACCAAUCAUGGCACCAGCAAAUCCAGGACCCUCCAAAACACCCCCUCCGCCUACACCACGGCCCACCACAUUAUCUCCGACUACGUUAUCUCCGACCAAAUUGCCAACGCAAAGGCCUACGGUUUCUCCGACGCGACGUCCGACCAAUGCCCCUAGUAUACCAGAUCCCACCAUGGCUCCAACUCGAAGGGCCAUUAUCAUUCCCACUUUUUCUCCAGUGGCAGUCCCAACAACCUUUCCAGUGGCCGUGUUGGAACCCACCGUGAAUCCACCCGUUAUUGACCCGCCAGUGCCCCAAACCAUCCAACCGACACCCAAUCGAUUGAUUGCCUUUCCAACGCCAGCUCCAACCGUUAUUGUGGAGGACAAGGCGGACGACGUGCCAUCCAGAGGAGGGCAGUCCAUUAUCAUUAUUGUACCAACCACCGAUUCGACAUUUGUGGAAGUCGAUAGUGAUAGCGCUACCAUGACAAGAGGACAUUUAGUAAUGAUGGCAGUCACAUUGCCACUUUUGGUUUCUUGGUGUACUACCUUAUUAUUGUAA